AUUAGUGAUUAAGUCAUCAAUGGUUUAAAUAUGCAAUAUGCAAAGGAGAUUGCUUUGAAAAAUGUUUAUGUAUAAAAUACCUAGCUGUCAAACGUUAUAACAUAAAAACUUUUGAAAUGGAAUAGCUUUCCAUUAAUCAAUUUUGAACCUAAUAAAAUAGAUAUAUAUUUUGGAGUUUUCUUAUUUUAAAUUAUAAAAUUCUCUUAAAAUACAUAGUUACAAACUCAGUUUAAAGAUAUUAUGAAUAAAAUUCAAUUCGAGAGAGACAAUAAAUAACACUUUUAUGCUGAACUUUGUAGGAAAAUUACGAAAAAAAUUACUCUAAGCCCUUUUCCCGAUUCAAUAGACUUUUAAAUCCUUGAUGAAUCAAUUUAAGAAAGUUUGGAAUUUGAAAUGUGUGGACCGUAAUUUUGGCAGAGUAAAUCUUAUCAGAGUACUAAACUCUAAAGCAAAGAACCUGUAUAAUUUAAAAUAUUAUUCUAUCAAAAUGCUAAUGAUAAUAAUUUGAAACAACUUCUCAUCUUUUCGACUAACAAAAGUCUGUUUAGGAUGUAAUCAUUUCCUGUCGUUAGUUAAAGUACGUAACCAAAUUUAGUUCGAUUUACUUAAGUAAAUGUUGCCGGGUAAUAAAAUUAGGGUAUUCAAAUUACAAAUCAAAAUCCUACAUAGAUUUUUGUUCCUUAACAAUGGACAUAACAAUAAUCAUAAUAAUAUCCAUAACCAUAAUUUAAUAAUAUGGUUACUACAAGCUAAUACAAUAACUAUGCUGUCAGCUAGAAUCAUUAAGAGUUUAGACCCAAUAUACUAAAUUAAAAUAACCCUAAUAAUUUUAAAGUACCCAAUGGUUUAUAAAUGGGAGUUUCGAUAUAAGGCAAUAACCAGAAUUAAAACAACAACAAUUUUGUUCCUAAUUUUCCUAGUUAAAGGACGGAAUAUUAGUAAUAAUACAAAUAGAAUAAUCUUGUUAACUAGCCAAAAUGUUUUAAUGAUUAGGUUGAUAUUUUUACCACAGAAUGCAUAGCUAAAAAAGAAGAAGAUGUAACCAAUAUGAAACCAUAGUAUGGAGUGAGAAUACUAACAAAAUAAAUUUCGAAAGCAGCGGAUAAAUCUUUUUGUUAAAUAUGCUAUGAAAAUUAUGAUUUACAUUCAGAUGAAGCAAUUAAGACCCCUUGCUGCAAUAUGAUGGCUCAUAUGGGAUGUAUGCUAAAUACUUUAAAUGAAAAUGCUAAAUAAAACAUGAAUUUAGAAACAAUUAAAUGCUAUUUAUGCUAAAAAUCACUAAAGGAGUACUAAGAGUUUCUAAGACGUAAUAUUUCUAAAUAACUUAUUUUUGAAAUAAAAAUAAAAGAGGUUUUAGCAAAAGUUUCUUCAAAAUGCUGUAAAUGUAACUCACCAAUACAAGCAAGCUCGGAAUAUAAAUAGCUGUAGAUUUAAUGCUUGAAAUGUAAUACAUUACUUUGUCGUCAUUGCUACUAAGAAUAUCAUGGAGAAAAUCAAGCAGUAAUUUAUAUUUUAAUAGAACUAGCAAUGUCCGAAUCUGUUAAAAGAGAUUUUAAAAGCAAUUGAUGGUAUGCCAGUUCUAGUUUGUCCGUUUUGUGGUUUAAUGCAAACAAAAGAUGAGAAAUGUAAUCACGUGAAGUGCCAUGGUUGCUAAUAGGAUUUAUGCUCAGCAUGUUCUGUUGAUAGAGCUCCAAUAUUGAGUCAUGGCAAUCAUUAUCACAGAGUGGGUUGUCCUGACUAUCAACCAUGGAUGUAAAAUGGCAAAGUGAUGACCUAACCAGAUUUUGAUAGAAGAAAAUGUCAAAGGUGUCAAGAAACAGGUUAAGGAUGUCAAUACCCAAUCAGUUUAGAAGAAUACAAAAAAUUAAAAUAGUUUUGA